AUGGCGAAUCCGUCGUUUCAGGGAGGGGCCUCGCCCCACGGGCUGGACGUGCGGGGCAUGCUGCAGCUGGCGCGGCAGAGGGUGGACGAGGGACAACCCUCCGCGGCCCUGCAACUGAUCAUAGCGGUGUUGAGAGCGCAGGGUGGGGAGGCAGCAGUGCUGGCGGCGCUCACACGAGCCCGAGCCAUGCACCACAACCAGCGCCAGAUGCAGCAGCUACAGCAGGGAGCAGAUGACAUCACCGCCUUGCUGGCACGCUGCGCCAUCGGCAGCGCUGACGUGGCAGUGCCAGCUGGCACCGGGCAGAUGGCUUCAGGGGGAAGUGCUACAGCGUGGGGAGGAGGAGACGUGGGCAUGGGGGGGAGCAACAGCAUGGGAGAGCAACGCGGGAACGGGCCACUGAAUGGGGGAAUGGAGGGGUUCGAUGGGUAUGCCUCUCAUUCAGGGUAUGGAUCAGAGCAGACAGCAAUGUAUGGGAUGCAACCAACAGCAUCAGGUUUCGGGAUUGAUCAAGCAGGGAGGCAAGGGAUAGACCCAGCAGCAGCAGCAGCAGCAUACGGGAUGGAGUCAGCAGGGAGGCAUGGCGUGGAUGGGGCGGCGAUACUGGCGGAGCAGGGGCGCAUGCAAGUGGUGGCGGAUGCAGCAGCGGAUGGCAGCAGUGUGACGUGCAUAGCGUGCGGGGGGGUCAUCAGUGGAGCAAGGUGGAAGGAGCACGUGCAGUUCUGGUGCCGUGCUGCUGUGCAGGAUCCCAUGGGGGAUAGCACCAGCCUUUCGCCUUGA